ACUGCACGACGACACAAAGAGAGCGCGAGCGAAAACGGAAACGCGCGCGGUCGCCAUAGCAACGGAACGCACAGAAUCAAGAGGAAACGGACUGAUGUUUCAUGUUCCGCCGUUCCGUGCAGCAGCUGCGAGUGUCAGCUGUUCAAUAUGAAACGACAGCGGUGCAGUCACUUGUAGGAGUCGGCGACGUCAGACACACUUCCGUCGCAGACGGCCAGUUAACUAGUCAGUGAAUCGUCCAUAUUAUCGCGUGCGCGACAGUGUGUUUGCAAACGGGACAGAUAAACGGAGAGACAGAUACAGACAAAGGAGUGCAAGGGACAGAUAUAGACAGUGCGAGGGUGGGGAGGUGGAAAGGAGAGAGUGAGAAAAAGCAGAGAGAGAGAGAGAGAGAGAGAGAGAGAGAGAGAGAGAGAGAGAGAGAGAUAGAGAUAGAAAGACAAACAGACAGACAGACGAACGAACGAACGAACGAACAGAGAGUGAGGAACGUCGUGGUGUAAGUGGCCGAAGGAAGAGAGCUUUCGUAUACGCGCGCCACUCAUACGAUUUAUGCAAGAUCUCGCGCGCAACCUGGAUGUAUUAACGCAAGGGCUAAAAUACGGCAUAUCAGGACUAAUGAACCUCGCAAAUCAGACGUCCGACAGUCCGCAGAGCGGUCCCUACUUCGUUAACUUCAAUCAGGACUGCACGUCCCUGGCAGUGGGAUCAAAAUCAGGAUACAAACUUUUUUCUAUCAGUUCUGCUGGUCAUCUUGAGAAAAUAUAUGAAAAUGAUACUGAGGAUAUUUGCAUUGUUGAGCGAUUAUUCAGCAGCAGUUUGGUGGCAGUUGUUAGUCUUUCAUCCCCUCGUACACUUACAGUGUGCCACUUUAGGAAAGGCACAGAAAUAUGCAAUUACAGUUACUCGAAUACUAUUUUGGCUGUGAAACUCAACAGAGCGAGAUUGGUAGUAUGUCUGGAAGAAUCGUUAUACAUUCAUAAUAUACGGGAUAUGAGAGUGUUGCACACAAUUCGUGAUACUCCACCUAACCUUUCAGGCCUUUGUACACUUUCGAUAUGUAGUGACAAUUGUUAUUUAGCUUAUCCUGGUUCGAAUACUAUCGGUGAAGUUCAAAUAUUUGAUGCGAUCCAUCUUCAAGCUAAGACAAUGAUACCGGCACACGAUAGUCCAUUAGCAGCGCUCGCUUUCAGCUCUACCGGCACCAAAGUUGCGACGGCCUCUGAAAAGGGCACUGUGAUUAGAGUGUUUGACGUUCACGAGGGUACAAAAUUAUUUGAAUUCCGACGCGGUGUUAAAAGAUGUGUCACGAUAAGUAGUCUUUCGUUUAGCAGUGAUUCUAUGUGGCUUUGUUGUUCUAGUAACACUGAAACAGUGCAUAUAUUCAAGCUGGAGGAACCAAAGGAAACGCCAGGGCAGACUACGGACGAAGCACAAAGCUGGAUGGGCUAUUUGACAAAGGCUGUGACAGCGUCGGCCAAUUACUUGCCGUCGCAAGUGACUGAUGUUUUUACUCAAGGACGUGCUUUCGCUAGCGUCCACCUACCGUUUCAAGGAUUGAAAAAUGUCUGUGCCAUCACUGUAACACACAAAAUACCAAAACUGUUGGUAGCUAGUGCCGACGGUUACUUGUAUGUCUAUAACCUGGAUUUAACGGAAACUGGAGGUUGCACACUUCUCAAACAACAUAGAUUAGAUGAUAAGCAAGACGAAACAGAUUGUGGCGGUUCCGGUUCUGGAGCAUCUGCACAAACAGUACAAAAUACAGCCUGCAUAAAUAGCUACGCGGGUGCGUUGCGUGGCCGCUCGCCAGACUCCAUGUCAGGUACUGAGUCAGAGAAGUAUCAGGAGAUGAUAGCGGCGACAGAAAGCCCACCGAAAGGCGGUGGCCCAUUCCGUCUGGAUGACGAUUCCGAGUUUCCACCUGUUACGCAAAGGGCAGACUGAGCGUGAGGUGCGGUUUAAGGCAUAUCAAAAGCUCAAGGCGAAGGUAAAGGAAACGAAGUAGAAAUGAAAAGGAAAAACGAAAGAAAGAAACCGACCGAGGGAGGAAGCUGUACAAGAGCAAGGAUUGCGACACGAGCGAAAGGGGCACAGAGACCAGAGGACGUCCAGUAUUACACACAGAUGACCGGCCGUAUCCCACUGCUCUCCGAGUACUCAACGGAAUCGAGAGACCCGGACGAAAUUACCGAGAGUGUCACCUGUAAGAAUUUGAACGAGGUGCUUGCGUUGGUCUUCACCGAAGGAACCAUGACCGCCGCAUCGAGAGGAGGAAAUUAAUUCUUCACGGGCUAUCCGGAAUCAUGGCACGACACUUGCGGAGUAAAGAAAAAAGUAUCACCGCGAGCGACACUCUCUCGGCUGUUUCGUCCCGAGGCUGUCGAAUUAAACCGCUGAUUUUGUUCGUUUGUUCGUUCGUUAGACAGCAUACGCGCGGGUGCAGCUUCCGAAAAGAUAUAGUAAUCCAAUGACGAGUAGGUGCGCAUAUAAGGGUGCGAAUGAACGGGCAUUUUCUGAGGUUUACACGACAGAAGACCUACCUACGUAGAAGCGAAGGUAUUUUUAAUGAAUAAGUAGGUAGACAAGUUACCUAAGUUUUAAGCGUAAGCUAAUGCGCUCAGAACAGUAUGAGGGACCGAGGGACCUUCGGGAUUCGCGCGUUUAUCCACACAGAAAUCUGAAAGAAAAUCGCGGACCAGAAUAACUAAUACGAUUAAUUAAAGCGUUCCGCGCCGUUGUCGGCGAACACACCGCGACUGUCUGUUCUAAUCGUGAAUUACAAAAAAAACGCGUAAUGAUCUGGCAUACUCGGAUUUUGCCAAAAGAUAAUUUUAAUAGACCGGUGACUCUGCGUAUGUAAGGAAAAGAAAUUAGGAAGUGUGAGAGUAUCGUCUGACCAUUGGGAGAACUAACACGACGGAAGCGACUCGAAGUUUUCCGAAGAUGUCGAUAAUAACGACGAAGAGGGAACUUGCAGCCCGACAUAUCUAUAUUCUGACGCAAAACACAUUGUAAAUAAACCCGCCGCCUCAUUUGCCGGGUGGUCUAUACACGUUAUGUCCUACUGCGUUUAUGUAAAAAAGAAAAAAAGAAAAAAGAAAAAAUCGUGUGUGCCUGAAAAUCGAUGUAAAUGAAAUUGAACUUCAGUUUUAUGUCAUAUUACAUCGACAACAGAGAGAACCGAAUGGUUCCUCACAAAAUUUCAAGGAUACAUUUUAACGGAAAAUGUAGCUUGGUGUGUUAAACACCACAUUGUACAUUAUUUCGUUGGAUUACUAUAUUUUUGGAUGACUGAAUCUUUGUCUUCUGUGUUCAACAAGGGAAGAGCUCAUGUUCUUUUUUUUUUUCGUUUAGAUAAAAAUGUUAUAGUGUAUAUAUAUAUACACACGUCUGUAUAUGUAUAUGUAUGAAUAUGAGAGAUUGCUGUACGAGAUAGGCUUCAGUUAUAUCUUUUUGUAUAAAAUGUAAGAUCGUCGAGCGUACGUUUUGCUUCUUAUGUGGAAGAAAUCCAGACACGAUCGGAUCAUACGACUUUGCCAAAAAGAAACGUUCGUUUCGCGACGUUAUUUCGUUCGUUGGGCAUUUAGAAUUCGAAAAGUAUCGUUCAAGUUUUGCGUGAUAACAAUGAGAUGAUGAAGCAACGACAAGCUGAUUAUGAAGACACAUGUGUGCGCGAGAGAUCAUUCUAAAACGCAAAACAAAAGUCUCAUUCCAUUCACUUUUGUCAGAGAAUUCGUGAUGGUUCUGCUCACGUCGCGCAUGUAUCAACGAGAUGAUUUUCCAAACGCUGAACGUACGUAUCGAAUUUGAAUUCCAUGCAAAUUUUAUAUCAUGUUACUAUCGGACAUUAUACCGUGUGCUGUAUUUUAUGCUUUGUAUCAAGUGAACAUUAUUAGCGUAAUUGAACAUUACGCAAUCGUAUAUAUUUCACAAAUGUGCAAUAAGUUUCUCUCUCUCUCUCUCUCUCUCUCUCUCUCUCUCUCUCUCUCUCUCUCUCUCUCUCUCUCUCUCUCUCUCUCUCUCUCUCUCUCUCUCUCUCUGAACUUUUUUCUUCAAGUUUAUCGAAAGUUGUCAUGACAUGUAAUUUGUAUAAAAUAGCUAAUUGACUAGGAACAGAAAACUUUCGAUCUAUAUACAUACAUAUAUAUACAUGUAUAUGUAUAUAUAUGUAUUUGUGUUUUCCUUACUCAGGCUUGAUUGUGUACGAAAUAUUUUCCAUUGGAUCGGUGCCAAUUUAUCCGAAGAAUAUAAGACAACACCGACGCUGGCGAGAAAAACGCGUUUUAUCAUCAUGUAUUAAUAAUAUGACUAAGUGGAGCACAGCUGCUGAGUUUUGUCGUGACUCUUCGUAGCGUAUCGUGUAAUUUAACGGAUCUUAUAUAGUAGUUCCGAUUAUACAGAUAGGAAGUUUCUUUCCGAACUGAGGCAUUCGGCGCGAUUGGCGUGAUGUCAAGUACCGUAUAGACCCGUGUGGUGUGUCGUUAAGGCGGUUUUAUACUAACGAGUUUUAUUUGGUAAAUAGUCCUAUACUUUUAUAAAGAUAAAUAAAAAAAGCGUCAAUAACCAAAUGUACAUAAUGAACGUGCUGAGGCUUGAGCUUUGACGUCGUUGCGUAUGAAGUUUCCUAUAUUAAUACACGUGAUUGUGCUGAACCGCAAACGGAAGGGAACACUUGUGAGUCCUUCCUCAUCUAUGAUUGGUUCAACGUCCCAUCUUUAUUUGUAUUUAAUAAAACUGCUGACGAUUUUUUAUAAAUCGAUCAUGCCUUUCAUUAAAAAAUUGCGCUAUCACAUCAUACUCACUCUCUCUCUCUCUCUCUUUAUUCAUUUGGAAACUUAUGCUGAUAUUUUAUGUUGUCGCAAAUCGCACCAGGAGCACGAAAACACCAAUAUAAUUACUAACAAGUUUCCGAAUGAAAGGAUAAACAAACUUUCAUCUUCUUUGCCGGGCGUGUUUCUUAGCAUUUGGAUUAACAUUCCUAUUGUGUGCGUAACCUGGUAUCUCGAUGAGAAUACGUGAGGCAAAUGUGAAAACAAUAUGAUUAUAGAGCGAAUUAAAGAUAUAUACGUGAGAUUUUCCAUACAUACUUAAAAUGCGUAUAUCUUUUGUGCAAUUAUCUUUCCUAUGUACCAAACACUGCGUUGGAAUUAAAGCAUCACACUCGAUAAUGGAACGUGCACAAACACCGCAUUCAACCUCGUUUAUUAUUUUUUCUAUAGAUUCCGUUGAGAGUUUAUGUUAAGUGAUAUGCCAGCCGCGUGAUUGAUUGUGUAAAUAAAUAUAUCAGUAAACUUUCCAAUUUCAUGAGAGGAAAUCGAACGAACGUGUCUUUGUUACGGUAACGCGAAAAAUAAUGACAAACAAAAAGAAUGCUAUUGCAAUUAUCGUCUUAUUUUUUUUAAUUUUGUGGAAAAAAAAAUUUUUCAGCAAAACUUCUUUUUAGCCGCGAAAAUAGCAGGGAGACUGUUAAGACGCUGCAGAUUUUCUCCAUGAUAUCGUAUAUAGAUCCUAUCUCUGACAAAUUUAGACUUUUACGUAAUAAAGAGAUGCUUAGCCCGAUAAAGAGCACUUAGCCCUCGAAAAUGUCAAAGACUUUAACAAAAUUACUAAGGCUCGUAAAAAAAGUUCACCGAAAACGACGCAUGUAGUGACGCAAUUUACAAGCUGUUCUACAAAAAUUCCGCAUCUCUUAUGUAGGAUGCAACAUUCGUAGUAUUAAUACGUAAUGAAUAUCGCAAAGAUAUUAAUAAAGCAUCGCUAAUCUAUGUUGUUUUCGAGCAUCGAUUAUCCACUGAUUAUGAUUUUAAUUGGCAAAAAAUGAUCAAAAAAAUGUACUGGAAGUCGUAUAUAUUAAAUGUGUCAAAAAGUAGUAUUAAUACGUAAAAGGACACCGAGUUGUUGGCCGAUUUUUUGUUAUAACAUAUAUUAUUAAAACAUAUAUAAUAACAGUUUUCGUAUUUUGAGACCUAAGACACUUCCAGCUCUCUAUCGGUAAAUUUGCAUCCAUGUGAGUUACAAGUAUCACAGAACAACUUGGUUUCUAUAAGCAUGUUAUUACACCGCCAGAUAAUCAAAAUUCAGAUCACGAUUUAGACAACGACAAAGAUCACGCAAACUCAUUCAUUAAUCGAAGAAACUGAUUAAUCAUUGUAUAUGCAUGAUAAUGUUUGCGGUAGAGUUUUUUAUAGUUUAUUUUUUUGCGUUAUAUUUUUAUCUUCACAACGGCCGGUUUAAUAAUUUAUUCUUUUUAUCAUACGCAUAUCAUAUUUUCUAAAAUCUUAUUCGGUUUUUUACCCUUUAUCCUAUAAAUCCCAAAGUAUAUAAAACUGCGAAAGGUUAUAAUCGGAUAAAUCUGCGCGUGAAUCGGAUGACGAUAUUCAAACAGGCUCGUUGGUCGUAUAUCAGUUAAUUUACUACUUAAGGGACAUUUGUAAAAUGGUCGAUAUACACUAUCGGUUGCGACAGUCUCACCGGCAUGGCGCAAACUUUUAUAUUACUGCAAUCUGCGAGUGUGAACAACAAAA